UCUGCUACAGUCUGAAACAGAGCUCAGCAGCCAUCAGGGGAACAGAGUGCAAAGAAGCUCCCAGCCUUGAGGGAAAACAAGCAAGACCAACUCAACUUCUCAAUGCCUGAAGCAGGAGCAUCCCUUCAUAGAUGAAAUCAUCCUAGAACUCUUUACCCUGCUUGAUGACCUUUGUGCCUUCCAUGUAAGGAUCACUUUCAAGCCGGAUUAUAAACUCUCCUGGUCGUUCUCAACUUCUUUUUAAGGGAUAUUUCGGUGCUGCUUAAUCUGCCUUUUUAACUGCACAUAUGUUUCUACAAACUUUAAUACCUGAGGUUAUGGUUUAACUGCUACUCAGAGAUCAACACAACUGGCAAGAAGAACUAGUUUCCUGGUGUGCACAUCUAAUCAAACCGUCCCUGUUAAUGAGAUCAUAUAACUAACCAACGCACUGAGUGCCUCUCUUGAGAUCUGCCGAUGUUUACUUGGAGUGCAACGGUGUGAUUUUAAUUGUAUGCAGAAGGUCUGAAGAGCAGUGUGUGUGUGUGGAGAUCACAGACCUGGAUUUCCAAGAGAUGGAUGGUCAUGGUUAUGACCGCUUCGGAGAGAGUGAGAGGGACAAUUACCAAAUUGACUAUAGAAGGAUUGUAGGAGACAUGGAACCAGCAAGGCCUCGAGUCUCAAACAGAGAAGGGGAGCAGUCUCAGCACUCCUUCCUAGCUCAUGCCCAUCCAGCAUCAUAUGGACAUGGGCAUGAGACUGCAGCCCAGAGGUACAGCGCCACACGAAUCCAGGCUGGAUAUGAACUGGAGAGCUCGGCCGACUACUUGAUCAGUGGAGGAACAGGUUAUGUUCCCGAUGAUGGACUUACAGCACAACAAUUGUUUGCUGUUGGAGAUGGGCUGACAUACAAUGACUUUCUUAUCCUCCCUGGUUUUAUAGAUUUUACUUCUGAUGAGGUGGAUAUGACUUCAGCACUGACAAGAAAAAUCACUCUAAAAACACCUCUCAUUUCCUCACCCAUGGAUACAGUCACGGAGUCAUCCAUGGCUAUUGCCAUGGCACUGAUGGGUGGGAUUGGAAUAAUCCAUCACAACUGCACUGCUGAAUUCCAGGCCAAUGAAGUGCGAAGAGUUAAGAAAUUUGAGCAAGGCUUCAUCACAGACCCAGUGGUAAUGAGUCCUCAUCACACAGUGGGGGAUGUGUUUGAAGCUAAGAGACGUCAUGGUUUCUCUGGAAUCCCGGUGACGCAAACAGGCAAGAUGGGGAGCAAGUUGGUUGGCAUUGUGACCUCCAGAGAUAUAGACUUUUUGUCCGAGAAAGAUUACGAGAAACUUCUGGAAGAGACAAUGACAAAAAGGGAAGACCUUGUUGUUGCACCAGCUGGAGUCACUCUGAAAGAAGCUAACGACAUACUGCAGAGAAGCAAGAAAGGUAAGCUUCCAAUUGUAAAUGACAACGACGAGCUUGUUUCCAUUAUAGCAAGAACUGACCUAAAGAAGAACAGAGAUUAUCCUCUGGCUUCCAAGGAUUCUCGCAAACAGCUGCUGUGUGGAGCUGCUAUUGGGACCCGGGAGGAUGACAAAUACAGAUUGGAUCUUCUCAUGCAGGCUGGAGUGGAUGUGGUUGUUCUGGAUUCAUCUCAAGGAAAUUCAGUCUAUCAGAUCAAUAUGAUAAACUACAUUAAACAGAAGUACCCAGAUCUACAAGUAAUCGGAGGAAAUGUGGUGACAGCUGCUCAGGCUAAAAACCUCAUAGAUGCUGGUGUGGAUGCUCUGAGGGUUGGGAUGGGAUGUGGCUCCAUCUGCAUUACCCAGGAAGUUAUGGCAUGCGGACGACCCCAAGGAACAUCUGUUUACAAAGUUGCAGAGUAUGCCAGACGUUUUGGAGUACCAGUAAUUGCUGAUGGAGGCAUUCAGACAGUAGGGCAUGUGGUGAAAGCUCUUGCCUUGGGAGCAUCUACAGUGAUGAUGGGUUCUUUGUUAGCAGCAACCACAGAGGCUCCUGGAGAAUAUUUCUUUUCAGAUGGCGUGCGCCUCAAGAAAUACAGAGGAAUGGGCUCCUUGGAUGCCAUGGAGAAGAAUAACAGUCAAAAACGUUAUUUCAGUGAGGGAGAUAAGGUGAAGGUGGCUCAAGGGGUCUCAGGAUCAGUUCAAGAUAAAGGCUCCGUGCAAAAGUUUGUUCCUUACCUUAUUGCUGGGAUACAGCAUGGCUGUCAGGACAUUGGGGCCAGAAGUUUGUCUAUUUUGAGAUCUAUGAUGUAUUCAGGAGAGUUGAGGUUUGAGAAGAGAACCAUGUCGGCUCAGAUGGAGGGAGGAGUCCAUGGCCUCCACUCAUAUUCUUUUGUGCCAUUUACAAGAAGUGGCUUCAAUGAUGCAGGAGGACGAGGAAACACGAGAUCAGGACCAAAUGUCCCAACCCCGGCUGCUCUGGGUCGAUGUAAUGGACUCAUGUAAAUAAAUGAUUGACACCAAGUUGAUAUUUUUAAAAUAUAGCUCUAUUUCCACUAAAAUAAGGUGAAAGAGCAAAGUUAUAGAAUACAGAAAGUCAGACCAUCCAGUAAACUAUCUGCCUGUCUUCACAACAGUAGAAGGCUGGAAACAUUUAUAGCUCUAAUCUGCUGGAUUUUUCAUUACACAACAUAUGCCCUCAGAUGCUUUACAUAUAGGUUAUUUAUUGCUGAUGAUAUAAUGAAAAGUAAUUCAGUUAUACUCUAUCAAACAAGGUACAACACUGUACAAGGUACAAGGCUACAACACUGCUUUAGUAUAUUGCAAGAAACUAUUAUAAUUAGUUUACAGAGUAUUUGGUCUCAGAGUGCAACAAAUAUCAACUACAAUAUGGUCACUGGACGUUUUAUGAUUGAUCUUAUAGCGUUGACAAUAUACAUGCAGUAUGUCCAUUAGAAUAGUCAAAUAUUAUGUUUCAAAUUCUAGAGAAACAGCAGGGAUUUCAUCAGAGGGCUCUGUGAUGCUCUUUUGUUAAUAAAGGUAUAAGUCCAGCAAAUUCAAACUUAAACAUCAGUGAGACAGUGUUUUUAAGUGUUAAUGAUCUAUCUUUUAUUAUCAACCAAAGUUUAUAAUCUACAAAUUGUCCAUUAUUAGCAAUACUUUUUAAUUUG